AUGUACCUCAUAAAACGACUCACCAAAUUUAAUACUCUCUCCUGCAUUGCAGACAACUGUCCUAAUGGACGAUACAGGACUGAAAUAACUCAGCUCUGUGGCGAGAAAUACAUAAAAAGGGGAAGGGAUCAUUUCGAUAGUCAAAGUCUUAGUGUCAUAUCAGAACAGGAGGAGCACCUGAGCUAUGGUAGGGGAUUUUCCGCUAAGGCGGAGCCCGAUAAGGAAAACUCGACCCUGCGAUUGGCACCGAGCAUGGGCACCCUGACGCCGCAGCAAUGGGGUACCCUUAACUCACAGGCCUCGCCACAUGAGACCAUGAGCCAGUUUUCCCACUGGCUGGGUGAGGGCGCCAACAAGAAGCAGAAUUUUUUCCAAAACACCUCCCAAAGCACCUUCAACCAAUGGUUCAGACCCAACUUUUCGCGAGAUGCCAGCGUACAGUAUCUCAAGAAACAACCUCCUGGGGGUUUUGUCAUUCGUACGAGUUCCCGAUAUCCUAGUUGCUAUGGAUUGAGCAUCAAAACGAAGGAUAAUGAAAACACUAACAAUUAUGGCGGGCUGACGGGUGAGCAGUCGAUCCGACACUUUCUGAUAGGAGAGAGCGCGGAGGGCUGUUUCCAGAUUCAAGGCACGGAGAUGGAGCCGAAGUUCAGGAGUCUGGUGGAUCUCGUCGCCUACCACUGCCAAUGCUCGGGGGCACUGCCCUGCGUCCUCCGUCUGCCUGGCUACCCGGCCUCCUCCACACUCAGUCUGGUGAACGCUGACAUCCCAUUGCCGCCACUCCGAUACAACGAAAGCAAUUCUAUCGAAUUCCAGGUCUUCUAUCUGGGCACCUUUGACGUCUUCUUUCUGAACGGCAGCAAUGCUGUCAGCUCGGCUAUGGACACAAUCCAUCGAACGCAGAGCUCGCACCUCCGUCCCAUUGUCGUCAGCUUCCGCGUCAGUCCUGAGGGUGUGACCUUGACUGACCUUCACUGUCGACAAUUCCUUCGUCGGCAUUUUGGUGCUGACUCCUUCCUCUACAUUGGCGCUGAUCCCUACGGCAGAACGUUGAUGGAAAACAAUUCAGAAAACGCGAACACUAACAACGGACGGAACUGCUUACUCUCCAUUAAUAUGCGACUUUUCACCCACAACAUCCUUACGUCUCGUGUUCUCAAAUCCGUUAAAGUUGGGUAUCCCCUUGCUAUAAAGGUGAAGGCCACAAAAGUGGACAUAACUCCUAUGGAUUUUGAGGCCAAAACUACCGCCCGCUUCAUUCCAAAAAUUGAGUGGACGGUUCUAAAGUCCGCAGCUGAGCAGGUUGGAGCAGAUCAUGUGGGCCAGCUACCAGACAGCAUACCUGAUGGCUAUGAGAAUAAUGAGGAAUUUUUGCACCUGGCUCACAAGGCUCUCAUGGAGGUAGAUGUGAUCGAGGGAACCUUGGUCUGUCCUGAGACGGGUCGCGAGUUUCCUAUCCACAAUGGCAUUCCAAAUAUGCUUGUCAAUGAGGAUGAGUAA